UGAAACUUGUUGAGCUUCCAAUCUGCACUAAAGUCAUGAAUGAACGCAAAAACAAGUGCCAGACACGAAUCCGCGACCUUUACGAUUUCCGCUUACGUUUCAAGUAAUAACAUGGGCUUUCACAUUAAUGCAACGUCUUAUGAAACCUGGACCACACUUUUACUUCCAGACCGAAGAAAGUCCAUUCUGUGAUUUCGGUGAGUUUUUUCAACAGGCGAGGGAAGGAGGGUAUUUAAGCUACAGCGAAUCGCGAGCGCGCCAGUGUAGUGCACGAACUUAGUAUGUGGCGGACUUGUGUUGUUCUCGCGCUCGCGUCGGCGUGCGUCGCGCUCCCGGCCCAAGAUACGGGACACUCGGAAAACGACCUGGAUGGAUUGAAUGACUGCUUGCGGAAGGAUUCCACGUCAUGUUUGAAAUACAAGUUCUUCUCUUUCGUCGACAAGAUGAUCGGACAGAAGGACAGCUUCGCCCUAUCCGAUGGAGUCACUGUUGUGAGAGCUACCGAUGCUCCUCAAGAAACUGGUGCGCCGCGAUCUUUGGAUCCUCUUUCGAGAUUAAAGAGAUAUUUGGACACGCACUCCAUCCGCGUUGAAUUGAAAGGAUCUGAUGUUGUGGAUACAGUUUCGAGCGUAGGACGAGCUUUGGAAGAAACAGUUUCUUCGUACACGGAAGACAAUGAGGUUUCAGAAGAGAGUAGGGGGAAGAAAAAGAAGGCGCAGAAGAUUCUCGGGCCGCUGAUGAUGGCUUUGGCGAUGAAGCUGAUGGCGUUGAUGCCGCUGGCUAUUGGAGCGAUCGCGUUGAUUGCUGGAAAGGCGUUGCUGAUUGGCAAGUUGGCUUUGGUCCUGUCGGCGAUUAUUGGUCUGAAGAAGUUGUUGUCCCAGCAGAAGCACGUGACGUAUGAAGUAGUGGCGCACCCUCAUCAUAGCUCCAGUCACACGUCAAGCCACGACUACGGUGGUUCCAGUGGUUACGGUGGUGACUCCUCUGGAGGAUCUGGAGGAUACGGCGGCAGUGCUAGCAGUGGUCACAGCAGCGGCGGCUGGGGCAGGUCUAUAGAUGCACAGAGCCUAGCGUAUUCAGGCCAAAAGCCCCAGUGAAAUGCCCUAGAUGUAUGACCUAGUUUCGAGAUUUCUCGUACACACCCAUCGUUAAAUUAUUAACUUAUUUCGCUAUUUAUAGAGUGUGAUUGUUUAUUUAUUGACUGAUUUGUUAAGUUUUUCUUUCGCUCAAAUUUAUUUAGUCAUCUUUCGUAACCUUUUAUAAGGUUAUCGAGUAACUAUUAUUUAU